GUCUCGGGUGCCGGUGUUGGGGCGCUCCGAGGGCCGCGAGUCUCGCUGUGUCAGGGGCUCCCCGGUGCCGAGCGGCCCCGCCGCUGAGCCGCCUCUCCGCCCCGCAGCAGCCCCGGCCCUGUCCCGCCAUGGAGGAUUUGAUCCUCAACGUGGACUUCGCCGCCCCCGAGGGCCGCCCGAAGAAGGAGCCGGGCAACCGAAAGCACCAGAGCUUCGUGCGGCGGCGGCGGGAGCUGGAGCGCCGGGGAGUCCUGCGGCAGAAGCAGCUCCCGGCGGCACCGGGCGGACCCCGGCGGGCCCCAGCACGGGGGAAGCCGCGCUCGGGCCGGCGCAGGUCGUGCCCCAAAGAGAACGGCCCCGCCGCCGCCGCCGCCCCUCAGUGCUCCCCGCACCCCCAGAACGGCCCCACCGGGGCCGAUGCUCCCGCUAAGACCAAGGGGAAGGGUCGGGGGGCGGCUCGGGGCUCCGCCAACGCUGCUGGAGCCCCCCCGGCGUCCCAGAACGACUCCGCUGGGAGCGGCGCAACCGCCAAGAGCAAGGGGAAGGGGCGGGGGGCGGCUCGGGGCAGCGCCAGGGCCGGCGGGCCGCCCCCCAAGUUCGUGGCCGUGGACUGUGAGAUGGUGGGCACGGGGCCCGGCGGGCGCACGAGCGCCCUGGCCCGCUGCAGCAUCGUGUCCUACGAGGGCGACGUCGUGUACGAUCGGUACGUGCGGCCCGAGGCGCCCAUCGUGGACUACCGGACCCGCUGGAGCGGCAUCCGCCGCCACCACAUGGACAAAGCCGUGCCCUUCCGCCAGGCGCGGCAGCAGGUGCUGCGGAUCCUCGCUGGGAAGGUUGUGGUCGGCCAUGCCAUCCACAAUGACUUCAAGGCACUCCGGUACUCGCACCCCAAAGCUCUGACCCGGGACACAUCCCAGAUCCCACUGCUGAACCGCCGCGGCGGCUUCCCGGAGAAUGUGUCCAUCUCCCUGAAGCGCCUCACCAAAGCACUGCUGGACCAGGACAUCCAGGUAGGGAAAAGUGGCCACUCCUCGGUGGAGGACGCCCGAGCCACCAUGGAGCUGUACAAGGUGGUGGAGGAGGAGUGGGAGCAGCACCUGCGGCAGAACCUGGAGCAGGAGUGACACCCUGGGGGGCUCAGAGUGACACCCCCAGCCCGGUCCUGCCUCCGGGGGGGCCCACAGUGAUGGCCUCAGCCUGGUCCUGCCUCUUGGGGGGCCCAGAGUGAUACCCCCAGGCCUGGUCCUGCCCAUCAAGGGCCCCUCGAGUGCUGAGGAGCUGCCUCAUCCCGUCUGUGGAUGAUGAGGAGCCAGGUGUGACGUCCCUGAGCCCGACGUGCCUUAUUGUGCCGCUGCUGUUCCUCCCCUGUUCUCCCCAGGAUGUGGGGAGGGCCUGGGAUGGUGCCUUCCCCAAGAGGGGUCUCUGGGAUCCUGCGCCCUCCCGAAAACUUUGGGGCUACUGCUGGUCCUGAUCUGGGAGUGGCAUUGGGGCAAACUGAGCACAGCCCCCAUCUCUGGGGCUUUGGGAAUGGAGCGGGCUCCUUCCUCUUCCCAAAACUACCUCUGUCAGCGCCGGGAGCUGCCGAUGAGCCCCGGGACGCAGUGUAGGAGCGGGUGGGACUCAGAUCCCUCUGGAAAGUCCCCGCUGUGCUGUGGGAGCUGCUUUCGUCGGCGGUGAAGUUCCACCUUCCUCGUUGUGCAAGGGGUGGAACAAACCCGGGCAUGGGGAGCAGCGUCGCCCCAUCCGCCUGCCCGAGCCCCCCGUGCUGCCCCGGGGACGACCCCAACACCCGCGGGCGAGUCCCCCCCCCCGCGCUGGCCUGGGGACACCUCCGGCACCAGCGGGCGGCCGUACCCUGAAGGCGCCUGAGUCCGACGGGAACUGCUUUGAACUGAAAGGUUUAUGUGCAAAAUCCUAAUUAAAAAGAAAUGAUUAA